GGUGCUCCUGUGGCUUAUUUUGCAUGAAACCUGCCGUCACUUAAGCCGUUCUCUGAGUUUGUGUCCAACCCUCCUGCUCGUGAUGGUAGCCUAGGUCUUAGAGUGCGACCCUCUUCUGAGGACAUCGAGGUUUUGAUUGCCCCACUUCGGAGUCUUCCUGAGGAUGAGAGGCAGACUCACUUUGAGAUGCCAACUAGCACUGAUGACGCGGAGAUGGAUGCUGUGCUUAGCCUGCUGGCUGGGGAAUCAUCCGACUCAACCCACACCGAGCCGUUGGCCAUCACAACUGGGCAAGAACUUGGUGAAGAGGUGGAAACUUGGAAACCCGAAGGUGUCCGCCCAAAGCAUCCAUGCUGAGUGAGCCGCCUGACUGCACCUGUCGAGGAGAAAAGGAAGAAGAGGCGACUUCGGCGGCUGUCGUGCUUGGACCAGGUUGCAGGCCCUUCUGCACUGGCUACUGUUGAUGUCCUAGUGGAAGCCAUUCCUAAGGUUGAUGCCAAGGGUUGUGAUCGUGCAUAGGCUGUUGGCUGCCUGUUUGAUGAGGACGAAAAGGAAGAAGAAGAGGAAGUCCCGCUGAUUCACAAGAACAGUCGGCACUAUAGAGGUAGCGAGGGGGUAGUGAUAUUCCCACUCCAGCUCUGUCGGCCCUUGUCAGUCUUCAGGGGCUCUCAAUAUCAGAUUUUGAUCAAGUACUGGAGGAGGUCGUCCCCAAAGACAUGCUAUCAGAGCCUCAUGAAGAUGAUAUCACGGUCGUCUGUUCAGAGGUCCAAGACGGUGGGCUUUCCUUGCUCGAUUCUGUUGGGCAAGAGGUAACCCGAGCGGUGUCUCGUGCAUCGUCGACUUUGGAGGGCAACCUUCCAUGCUGAGACGCUGAUCUGAGUCAUCCGACUCCCAUGGAGGUGGCUGAGGGGCCUUCAUCCUUAGAGGUGGCUACUGCAGAAGACUCAGCCCCCAAGGGUGGUGCCGGCAGCUACCCACCCCCGAGGGUGUUGCUGGUAAUGAUCCAGCUCUUGUGGGUAGUGCAAGCUACAACCCAGCCCCCGAGGGUGUUCAGGUGUGCUCUCUUUCUCAUGCCUCCAUGGAUGUCCACGUUGGGUCGUUCCCACCUCGGUCCGAUGGAGCGACGGCGGUACAUGCUUCCAUAGUUUUAACUGGACAAGUCGCCUUAGAGGUCGGCGAGCUAAAUGCAAGGAGCCUGGUGUCUGCCGGUGGGGCUGAGGUCACCCCAGAUAGUGCUCUUCAGAUCGUUCUUGCUGACCUUCCCUCGUCGAGCCAUACCUCAGUUCCUCCUACCCUGGGUCUACCACUUUUCCUCUCCAAUCUUCAGGUGAGUUAGCCUCUUGUUCUAUGUUGUUCAUAUUAGCGAAUUAUCUUUCUUCUGCUCAUCUGUCCAUGAUCACAUGAUUUUGUUGAUGGAAUAUCUGCUCAGCUGAAAUCCUGCGGCGCCAAUGUUCCCGAACAAGCUCUGUCUCUGAUGCAGUGGAAUCCAUUGCUGCUCCAGAAAUAGAUCGAUGACCUGAAGGCGUCGAAUGCUGCUGCUUUGUCGAAUAUGGCCCAACGAUGCUCUGACCUUGAGGAGAAGUAUUCUCAAAGUCAAGCCAACUUGGCCCAGACUUCUGCUUUUUUGGACGGUGCACGUUCUUUGAAUUCUUCAGUUAAUGACCAGCUUGACUAUGAAAAAGUGGCGCAUGAGGAGGAGAAACGAGCACUCGCGGCCUCUCGUGACAAUCUGGAUAGGUUGUACCGUGAUGCUAGCAACUCCUUGACCAUAUUGGAGAGGAGCCACCGCUUCACCAUGUCUGACCUGGAUCAUCACCGCCAUGAGCUGCAAGUAUCCCAAGAUGAGGUUCUGCGACUUGGACAGUUGUUAUCGACCAAGGAUUCCACCAUCAAGGAUAUGUGUGCUUCCAAGAAGCUUGUGGCGCAGGAGCUAGAGGCCACUCGACUGGCUGUUAAAGCUUUAGAGGACAACUGCGCCGUCUUGAAGGCUCAACGCGACAAGGCUAUGGACAAAGUCGUUCGCGCUGGACGGAUCCUGAUGAGGAGGCCCGGCGUCGUGGUGCCUAACGAUAUUGUCGCUGAUGUCAAGGCUGCGCCCGAUGCUUCAAGUCGUCCUUCUUCUUCCGUCGCUCCUGUGAAAGACAUUGCUAGCAAAGACGUUUCGAUGCAGUGAUGUCCUGCAAAACACUCAAUGUAAUAUGAAUUCUAUGUGCAUGUGAUGGUUGCGUUAGAACUCGAAUAUUUUGUGGACAGGGCGCCAGAACAUGCCCCUAGUGCCAGCAAGUAAAACGUUUUUUUUCCUGAA